ACGGCCCCAUGACCAACACCUCAUUCCUAACCUCCUCGUCUCAUAGGGUAAGCGUUGCUGCUCCAUAGGUGUUAAAACGGAUGCCCUAUAUAAAGAGCGGCGUGUGCCCCAGCUGCACAGAGCUUCUGUUCUCCCGGCCUGUCUUGGCUCUGACCGAUGAGCUUUCUGAGCUGCGUCUGUACUAAACAAAAGGGGGGCUGAGAAUCAGGCUGCUGUUGUUCCGAGCGCGUCGUUGUUGUUUUUUUCCCGAAAGUCAGAAGUCGCCUUUUUUUUCCCCCGUUGUUUUCCAGUCUGAUCUGUUAGGUGUUUUUUUUCCCGGAGAGCUAUGGCGGAUCACAGCAGGUUCAUGCCCCGUCCCCUGUAUCGGCGCGACGUGCGCUGGGAGCCGUUCUGCGAGGAGACCUUGCCCAGCCGCGUUUACAGAGCCGACGCGGGGCUGCCCCCGUUCCUGGAGCCCGGGGAUCUGAGCUGGAUCCAGUGGGCCCAGAGACGGAUGGCCGCUUCUUCGUGGCCCGGGUACAUGCCCUCCCCGCUCUACACCCCCACGCCUCCCUACCCCUACCCCGGCCCUGGUGCAGAGCAGCCCCGGGGGGUCUCCGAGAUCAGGACCGGGCCCGAGAGCUGGAAGAUCAACCUGGAUGUCAGCUGCUUCUCCCCCCGGGAGGUCACCAUCAGGACCAGGGAGGGCUACCUGGAGAUAUCAGGGAACCAUGAAGACCGGCAGGAUGAAUAUGGACUUGUCUCAAAAUGUUUUUCAAGAAAGUACAACAGGCUGCCUGCUGGGUCGGACCUUCGGCACAUCCGCUCUGCUCUGUCCGGUGGGGUGCUGUCCGUGGAGGCCCCACUCCCCUCCAUGGCCCAGGAGAUCCCCGUGGAGAUCAUCAUACCUGUGCAGGUAGAGAAGAGGGCUCCAGAGACAAGAGAAGAGGAAAAGGUCGGGGAGACGGUACCCCAGGAAAACAGUGUGGGGCCACAAGCAACUACUGUCUUCCCGGGUGGGGUCCCAGAGCAGAAGAGUGUGACUGCUGAUCCGCUAGCUGGCAUCCAAGAGAAUAAGGAAGAGCCAAGCGAAGCUGCUAUUCACCUUGCUGGUGGCCAAGAGAAGAGGGAAGAGACAGGCGAAGGUGUCGAUGCCCCUGGUGGUAACCCGGAGAACAGAGGAUCGCUGGAGAAGCAGACCGCGGCAACUGAGAGAGCUUGUUCCAGCGCAGGGGCGGAGCCAGAGGAAGGCAGGCCAAUGGAAGGAGAGGUCAAAGGGGAAGAGGUCCCUCAGGAGGAGGCGGCCAUGAGGGAGGCCAUGUUGACAGCGCAAGCCAAUCAGGACGGCAUGGGGCAGGAAGGCCAGGAUCUUUCCCAGACCGAGGUGCAGGGUUCUGCGGUGGACGGCGAGCAGGUGGAGGAGAAGAAGCAACAGGAGGCCCGGUGGUCACACCGAGACACCAAGUGGAUGCUCCGCAGCACCAAGUGGCCCUCCCAGCAGUACUGAGCAGAACCGGCGGCGUGGCCAAUAGUACUGAGCAGAACCGGCGGUGUGGCCAAUGCCCACUUCCUACAUACGGGCCUAUCAGACGCAGAGCUGAAUCUAGAGUGGCUGCAAAGCGGCUGCCAGGUAUCAGCUUCUAUAGACCAGUUGCACAGGGCGCACUUCUCUGUUGUAAUGGCGGCUUAUGACUAACUGCUUUGAGACUCUUGUAUGGUUCUGUCUCUGAAAAAUAAAAUCUUAACAUGUCUUGA